UCAAAACCAUAUAAACCUAUUAAGAAAUAUUUCUUUAUAGCCUAUAGGUCUAUGUUCAAAACGUAAAAUGAAUCGUAAACUUGUGAUUUUUAAAAGUGUUAUUAGUUAAUUGUUAUAUGUUAUUUAACAUUUAAGGCACAUCGUAAUCAGCAUUAAUUAAGGAGAGAUGUCUGGAAUUUAUUUUAAUCACAAGUGGACAGGGAGUGUGUAUUGUGUGAAAAGUUUAAAUGCGACAGCGUUACAUUUAAACUUUUCACGUUGUUGCAUAAAUGUUCACUAAACGUUUAAUAAACCAAUAGAUGUUAAAGGGUUCUUUAAACAUAAUUUAGUGGUCCAUUAAAUUUUAAUGAACCAUUAAAUGUAUUAAUUGUUUAUGAAACAUCAAUAGAGUAUCAAUAACUUUUGAAACAACUCGUUUUGUAUUAAUUGAGCUGUACAAUAAUACAUGUGCAAUAAUUUGUACCCGCGUGUACAACUCGGCUAGAAAUGGUAAUACAAUGAUUGUUUGACAAUGUUUUGUAACGUGCAAGUCUAUUUCAGUUGUAAAAAAAAUAUUUUAUGUCCCUUUUAUAGAAUAUAGGUAUUUAUUUAUCCCAACGUACAAGAAAUUAAUUAAUGCACAGUUACACAAUUAUUUUGAACUGCAAUAGCAAAUUUUAAAGUAUUAAAAAUAAUGAUGACUUUAGUCAUGAAAAAUAAUAUUUAAAAGAAAUGUUAGGUACUUUGCAAUGUAUAAAAUACAUUACAAAGUUAAGGGUUAAUUAUUUCAAUAUUGCCUCACAUAAUGAAACAAAUUUUUGGAAAUUACUUUUUUAUAAAUUUAAUGAUAAAAUGUAUGUGUGCCUAGUGCACUGUCAUACAUAAAAUGGGACGUUGUGGGUGUCUGAGGAUUGGUUAUACAAGUAUAUUUAAAAACCACUUGAGUUAAUGAUUAAGUGUUGUAUUUAAAUUAAAUGUCUAGUAUGACUAUUUUGUACAUUGGCCUCUUUUAUGUCACUAAUUAAGACAAUAAUAAAAAAAUUUGUUUAUUGGGUAAAAAAUUCUUUUGUGGAGGUUCCUUGAUAAAAGUUACUUAGCUUUUUGUAAAUUAAUAUAUUUAUACUAAUUAAUUGUAUUAUUCUUAAUGUUUAGCGUUCAAAAUAUCCAUUUUUGUUGAAAAAUGGCAGGAAACUUUUUUAAAGGCCUUUCCAGUUACAUUGGAUUUUAUGAUAAUACCAUUUUGGAGCAUGAAGUACGUGAAUAUAUGUCUCAGACGAUAUCUAACAAAUAUAAUGCUCGAGUGCCUGCAUUGUGGAAACGUAUGGCAGCCCAACUCAUUGAUUUCGUCUUCAUGUGUAUUUUAAAACAUCUGCCUAUUUUAUGCAUUAACAGGGACUACCGCUUGGAAGACUGGUUGUCAAUUGUUGGCUCAUUUACGUUUUAUGAUUAUCUUAUAUGGGUAGAAGACAUGGCAAAUCAUGUUUUUUAUAUGGAGGUUAUUAUGGCUGUAUUGGUUGCCACGAUGGCGUUUUGGUGUCCUGGUCGUAUCAGCCAAUUACAAGGUAUAACACUGGGAAAAAUGGUAUUUAACAUGAGAGUUGAAAUGAUUGAUAACAUUCAUCCUAAGGACCGCAUAAAACUUACGGAAUCUGGUAUAAUGGAAAUAAAUCAUACCACUGAUUUGACUUUGGUCCGAGCUAUAGUACGUUCAUAUUUUAAAAUCAUUUUAAAACUUCACUUGUCGUUCUACAUACCUAAACUAAGCCUAAUAAACAGAAGUGUGUAUGAUAUCUUGUUUAGAACAGUAGUUGUUCAGUAUAUAUAUUAGGACAAACCUAAUAUACCUAAAGCUAGUACAAAUAUAAGCCGUAGUGUCAGUCCAAACACAAAAGAGGAUUAGUGAACUGAUUAAUUGUAUACUCACGAGUACAGAACACUGCUGCCUACAUUUGCCACCCCACCCCCUCCAAAAAUAAAAAUAUUAUAAUCAAGUUACCUAUAAAAAUGUUUAUUUAUUACUCUUACAAAAUUAAAAAAUUUAAUUUUAAUACAUUUAAAUGAAUAAAAUUGGUGAAUUCUAAAAUCAAUAUUAUUUUAAAAAGAUUACUUAAUUAGCAAAAGAUUUUUAAUUUGUAUUAAAGUUGUAGUUCAACUCGCUAACAAAGUAAUAUCGUAACACAUGUUAAAAGUAAAUUUCCAUGACAACAUAUAUUCAUCUGGUAAAAAGUAACCCCGUGGCAAAUGAUUGGAUAGAAAAUGUCUGUAGGUAUACGUUUUAAAUUUUUAAAAAACAGAAAUUUUAACAUCAUAUAGUAAUGUUUACUACUACUCUGUGUUUUGGACUUAAACGUUAAUAAAUAAAUGUAGUCAUUUCCUUAGAGUGUAGCAAUUAGUAAAUAAAGUCUUAUAUUUGUAAUUUUAACGUCAUAUAAUAAUGUUUAAUAAUAUUCUGUGUUUUUGACUUAAACGUA